AUGGGUUUUAUUGGUGGGACUGUAGAAGUUAAAAAUGCUAUUAUAAAGGGUUUGCACAGUAAUGUGAAUCAGCUUGAAAAGCUUUUAAAAACAUCUUGCGGAGGUGAGGGGUGUGAUUGUCAUAAGCAUUAUAAUAACCUUCAGAAACUUCUUAAAAGUGUUCAAGAAAAUUGUAAAAAAUAUGAUGCUCUUCAAACACAAAUUGCGCAGAAACUUGCUGAAAAUAAGAAUUCUCAAGUCAGUGUUUCUGGUGAUGUUGACAGCCUUAAACAGCAAGUUGAAGAGCUUCAAAAAGAAAUUUUCUCACAAAGUUCCACGCUUACAACGCAAAUUAACAUUGUAAUUUCCGCUGUUCAAAGUAAAAUUUCUGAACUUGACAAAAAGAAAAAAGAUGUUGAUACCCUUCAAUCUCAAGUGAAUGACCUUAAAAAGAAAAUUGAUGCUAAGCAAAAUAAUGAUGUACAACUUGAAGACCUUCAAGAAGAGCUUCAAAAGGCACAAGAAAAUUUCCCUGAAAAAGAUGCAAAAUCCCUUGACUCUCAUCAGACGUCUAUGAUGUCUCUCAACAGUCUACAAAGCCUUUGUCAACAUUGUAAUGAAGUUAGUAAAAUGAAGCAAAAUAAUGAACAGCCUAAAAAGCUUUUAGAGAGUCUUUGUGGAGGCCUCGAAAAAUUUCUCGGCUACAGUAAUGGUAAUUACACCGGAGAGGGAAUUGUGUACUCCGACCUUGACAGGCUCUGCGACGGGGUGAUGGCGUUCCUUCAUGGAGUUCUUGAGAGUGUUAAGGAUGAUGAUAACGUUACAACUUAUGAUAAAGAUGAUUUGAAGAUUACUAAAGUUAUUGACACUCUUAACACUAGUGUAGGCAAAGGCCGUGAGGCCUUCCAGGCCGCCGUGCGUCAGGUAAGUGAGUGGUUGACAAAACAUGGUGCGCAGGUGGACAAGGCAACGAGAGGAGUGACUGCGGAAUUAGGUAAGUUGAUUACUAAAUUAUCAUCUGGUGCAGGUGAAAAUAAUAAUGAGUAUUACAAGGAAGUGGAGAAUCAAGAGGGUGCUCCACUGUCCGAGCAGCUUAAGGAGUGGACGUCGACGCUUCAGAAGAUUGAAGAUGAAGUUACACAGAUAGAGACACAACACGCAAAACCACUUGAUAGCUCACUUAGAGAUAAUAUAUUACGUGAAAUUAAUGUUGUAAAGAAAUCCGUGAAAAUGUUACAUGACUCCUCAAAGGAGAAGCUGAUAGUGGAGCAGGCGUUCGAGGUGGACGUUACCUUGGCGCAUGAGAGAAAGGAGUUGAAAGAAAAGAUUGAGGAGGAGAGUGAGAGGGUUAGGAAGGAGCUAACGCAGCAAGAGGAAAAAGUUAAGAAGGAGAUCGACAAGGAAAGCAGGGAGGUUAGAAGAAAGUUGGCGGAGCAAUUCGUUAUGCUUCGUGGGAUCGCUGAGGAUUUGAAGGAUGCUAAGAACGCACAGUUUAAAAGUAUUUACGGAACAAUGGAUGAGUCGCAGAAAAUGCUUAAGGAUUUUGAUGAUGGUUGUGAAAAUGAUAUUUGGCGGUAUUUGUAUGAAAUUAAAAUGCGGCUUAAUAAUUUUGUGGGACAGAAUGCAACGCUUUUGACGCUGUGUAGAAUUCUAAAAGAUGGAGUAGAAGGCCUGGAUAAAAAACUUCAGGAGGAUUUGAGAACAUUGAGGAAAAGCAUCGAUAAGGGCAUAUCCGCGUAUAUUGGUCAAGUAAAAAGAGCUGCAUAUAAUGCGACCCAGAAGCUUUCCACACAGGUAGAUCUGAGCAGUAUUGCUAAUGGGCUUUUUGAAGACAGCAAGUUGCGUAAAUGGUUAUGGUCUGUGCAUCGUGGCAACGUUAGCAGUCAUUCUGCAGCACAGCCGCAAGCGGGGGAUGUGACAAAAGGUUUGCAAUCGCUUACAAAAUUUGCGGCUGUUGGUAGUGAUACGGCGAACAUGUCAGCAUUCGAAGCGAUUUUACAAGAUCUUCAGAAGCAUGCUGGCAACGUGUUCCAAAACGCUGACGUUGAUGACUUAAGUAAAAUCAAAGACGUUAUGAAUAAGUGUCACGAUGCCCGAGUAUCGCUUGAAGAGGCGGUUAUAAAGGUUCAAGCGGAAUUAACAUCGCUUGAAAGCCUGCCGGGAAUUGUUGAUGCAAACAACAACCACAUAAUGGGACUUCUGAACUCCAUAAAAAAUGAUUUGGACAACAAAUUUGCACAUAUAUACGAGCACAUUAAAAAUUCCGAAGACGCGUUGUCAAGUGCCAUCCAAGCCGUUGAAUAUAACGUGAGAACAGCGCAGGACAAGGCGAUGAGCUCCGUCGACGCCCUCAAAGACAGUCUAACAAAGACCGUAAUCGACGCCUUCGAAGCGUCCCGCAGAUCCGUCUCACAACUCCAAACCACCCUCCUCCAAAAAGUGGUCAUGGCAUUCGAGGAGAUCACCAAGCGAGUAAAAAACCAAUUUGCCGCGCAACACAAGUCCGACUUGGAGGCCCUCAAAAAAUUAGUAACCGAACAAAGAACUGCAAUCACAGCAAUAAUCGAAAAAGAUAAAAGGACAGGAAUAAAAGGGCUAUUAAAAGGCUUGAGAGGCAUGAAAGUAACUGCUACGGCAAAAGGCCCUCCAACAUUCGAGUCAUCGACGAAAUUGCUUGAUGACCUCAAGGAAGAUGAAAUUAAGAAUGACUUCAUUAAGCUAACAGGAAAGUUCAAAGCAUAUUCAGAGAACAUUCUAAUCUAUAUUGGCAAGCAAAUCAACGAUGCAUUCAAGGAGCCGACUAAAAAGGCGUAUUACGAUAGCCUUCAGAGCAUCUAUGACAAGCUUGCCAAAUUGCUCGAACACCUCGGCAAAGACGAUAGGAAAUUCCACUUCGACUCUGAAUUCUCCAAAUUGCUCGCCGAACUAAAAUCUCUUCUCGGCGGAUUAAAUCCGUCUUCAUUUUCUCACCUUUCUCUGCCAGUUGUCCAGGCCAUCAAGGAUGGUUUGGAGGCGUUCGUCACUCAGCUUGGCUUCGCCUACGUAAAUGAGUACUCAUCAGCGCCCAAAAUUAAUUGGGAGGACAAGGUAUUUAUGGAUGGAAACAAAUGCGCCAAUGUUUGUCUAACUACAAUCUUCACGUUGUUCCAUCGCCUGCAUAAACUCUUUUACAACUGCUCGACACGGUGGAAAGGCAUCAACAUUGACGGCGUCGGAAGGAAAGAUGGCGCUUUAAAACAUUUCCUGAGAAACGAAGGCUUCGAUUCUGUGAACCUGAUUAAUAAGGAACACAGUGGCUGGAACGUCGCGUUAAGAUUGAGUAAAAAGUUCCGUGAUUAUGAAGAAUUCAAUGCAUCGCCAAGUACCAACCACAUUAAUUUUAAUACGUAUCAUGAAUCUAUAAAGAACUCUAUAAAAUCUGAAAACGUACUCGGCAGACUUUUUGGUCACCUGGAAAGUUAUCUCAGUGUGUGCCACAUCUCCACAUUUACCGCCACCAGAUAUCCAUGCAGUGUCUUCGAGAUGCUUGGUUGGCUGGGUGGUCUUAAGUACAAUGCAUUCUAUUAUAAAGUUAGAGACCAAUGUAACGCCUCGAUCAAAGAUGAAAACAAUCGCGCACCUAAAAACAUAUUAGCCGACAUAGUUGCACAUCAUCUACCCUCAAUAUCAGCGCCAACAUAUCGUCUCUUAGUUGCUAUCACAGGCACCGGUGACUCCCACAGCCAUUACGGGUGUGAAUACUUAGGGGAGAAGAUUGCCUUGAUAUGCUUCUGA